GACUUGCCCAGACACACGGGCUCUGAGGGCGCAACUGGAGCAGAAGUCGGGCUGGGCGCCCUGCCCUCUGCGGGUGGUGGAGCUUGUGGGGUCUGGAGGCAGCUCUGCUCUGAAGGGUCCCAGAGCCUGCUGCGGCCUCGGCCCCGUCCUUCAGGGAGCAGAGCGGGGCGCUGGGGGCUGUUUCCUCCGGAGAGGUCCCUGGAGAGGAACCUGAGACGACGCACAGGGGGCUGUCCUUGUCAGCACGCCCCGUGUCUGUCUGUCUGGCCUCGGGGACAUGGGGGGCAGCGCCUCGACGACGACCCUCGCUACCCUUCUCUGCCUUGGGCUGUGUCGGGGCCCCCGGGACCGCAUGCAGGCGGGGACCCUCCCCAAGCCCUCCAUCUGGGCUGACCCGGGCUCCGUGGUCACCAACGGCAGCCCUGUGACCAUCCACUGUCAGGGGCCUCCGCAAGCUGUCAGGUACAGUCUGUAUAAAGAGUACUCCGGACGCUGGACCCUGGUAGCCCAGGAUGAGUUCAGGGACGAGGCCAGUUUCCCCGUCGGGCCCAUGAGCGCACACCGCGCAGGACGGUACCAGUGUGGGUUUCACAGCAGGAGCGGCUCAGAGUGGAGUGACCCCCUGGCCCUGGUGGUGACAGGAGUGUACGACCCACCCUCCCUCUGGGCUGACCCAAGCCCUGUGGUGGCGUCAGGAGGGACUGUGUCCCUCAGGUGUAGGUCAGAGUUCACAGGGGGCACUUUCCACCUGCUGAAGGAGGGAGGAGCUGACGGGCCACAACACGUGGCUGCACAGCCCUCUGCUAGGGGGUGGCAGGCCCGCUUCCACGUGGACCCCGUGACCACCUCCCGUGGCGGGACCUACAGAUGCUACAGCUCUCCCAUGGCUUACCCCUACGUGUGGUCACACCCCAGCGGCCCUCUGGCCCUAGAGGUCACAGGCGUGUACAAGGCGCCCUCCCUCUCGGCCCGGCCUGGCGCGCUGGUGCCGUCUGGACACAGCCUGACCCUGCAGUGUCGCUCGGAGGCCGGCUUUGACAGAUUCGCCCUGACCAAGGAGGGGCUCCCGACCCCCCAGCGUCUGGACGGGCAGCCCAGCCCCGACUUCCCCCUGGGCCAAGCGAAUGGCACCCACGGGGGCCGGUACAGAUGCUACGGGGCACACAAUGUGUCCCAUGUGUGGUCGGCCCCCAGCGCCCCCCUGGACGUCCUGGUCACGGGAAUGUCCGAGAAACCUUCCCUCUCGGUCCAGCCGGGGCCCUCUGUGUCCUGGGGAGAGACUGUAACCCUGCAGUGCCUCUCUGAGCUCUGGGGGGACUCCUUCCAUCUGUCCAAGGAGGGGUCACCUGCUCCUCCCCAGCACCUUCGAGGGAGAGACACAGCUGCACCCUUCCGGGCCAGCUUCACCUUGAGCCCUGUCACCUCAGCCCAUGGGGGCACCUACAGGUGCUACAGCUCAAACAGCAGCUCCCCCUUCCUGCUGUCACACCCCAGUGACCCCCUGGGGCUCCGGGUCUCAGCCCCAGGUCUGGAGUGGCCGGUGCUGGUCCUCGUCGGGGUCUCCGCGGCCUGCGCCCUCCUGCUGGCCGUCCUGCUGCUGCUCCUGCUCCGCCGCCAGCGGCUGCGCAGACGCAGGAAGCCGGGAGCCGCAGCUAUAGCACCGAAGGACAGAGGCCCACAGAGCAGCUCUGGCCCCACUGCGGAUGACCAGGAGGAGACCCUCUAUGAAGUCGUGAAAGACACACAGCCUGAGGACGACAGGCAGCUGGCGAGUCAGGCCAGAGCAUCUGAAGAGCCCCAGGUGACCUACGCAGAGCUGAACCACCUGACCCUUGGACAGGCAACACGGGCGCCCCCUCCCUCCCAACCAGGGGAGCCCCCAGCAGAGCCCAGCGUGUAUGCGGCUCUGGCCACCCGCUAGCCCAGGAAGGACCAGACUCCCAUGCCAGGGAGAGACUAGACUGAGGCCAGCCUGGAGACCAGACACGGACCACCAGGAGCUGCCUGCUUCCCAGGCUCACAGCCCACCUUACAGCCCCCCAAAGAUCCCUCAGAACUGCCACCAGGAACCUGUGUCAAGUGGCAAGCAACCCCAGCCUGUGAAGGAGGGGGAAGGCCAAGGACUUGGGGAAUCUCCUGUAGGCCCCACAGCAACUCAGCAGGGCCUGAAGCUGUGCACUUGGCUGACCUCUGAGUCCAAAAGCCCCCAGACAGGGACCCGCUGCAGCCUGUGAGGGGGUUGCUCAACUCCAAACCCUUCUCACUUUCUCAUUUCCUGAGACCAAGCCCCUUCCCUUCCUGGCCCAGUGCAGCUCACCAAACAGAAAAAGGGAAGCCUGCCGUCCCACCCCCAGGUGUCCUUAGACGCCUGUUUCCCACAGGCCACUGAUGCGGAGGACUUCCACUUCCCCAAAUCUGUAUCUUAAGACCCACAAUUGGGAACUUGCCACCAGUCUUGACCUUAACAAGCUUCGAAAGCAGCCUGUGAUUCUGUCUAGUGUUCCCCACCAAAAACCAGUCUGUUCAUCACCAGCAACCCCAGGUGGUAUCUGCGUGGGAUCAGCUCUCGGCUCCUUGCCCCAAUGUGCCUGACCCUGACCUCCACUUGCCACCUGCUCUGCCUGGAAGUGACUCCUUCCCACUGCACCCCAUGCACUAAUGGCUGGCUCUGCCCCCCAGGACGCUCCCCUGACCCCGUGACAGAGGUGUGGGAAGGUGCUGGUCCUGCUCAGUGCUGUAGCCCCUCCCCAAGAGGACGACGGGCAGGCAGCCCACACAGCUGACCAGGCCCUCCUAAAGCAAGCACAACCUGCUCUGCGCCCUUCCCACUACACCAGGCUGUGGCUCAGAGGGGGUGAGAGGCACACACGUUACAAGGUGUGAGUCCUGCUUUAUUAUCUGCCUGGGAAACCAGACAACCCCCAGCCCAAGGGGGAGAGGGUGGGCUUAAUCCUCCUCCUCGUCGUCACCAGCUCCAGCCCCUCCCUGGC